CCCAAGCGUUGUUCAACUGCCCUUGCAGCAAAUGUGCGGGUGAUGAGCCCCAGGAGUUCUGAAGGUCUUCUUAGACAUCACCUUUGGUGAAGAUGCCAGCUCCAGAUGUCAAUUCUGAGGACUACUACAAGGUCCUUGGAGUUGACCGAACUGCCUCCGAUAGUGAGAUCGCAAAAGCGUACAAGAAGUUGGCACUGAAGUACCACCCGGAUAAAAAUCCUGAGAACAAAGAGAAAGCUGAGGAAGACUUCAAGAAAAUCACUGAAGCCUAUGAAGUGCUUCAUGACGGCGACAAGAGGAAAAACUACAAUCAGUUCGGCAAAGCCGGCAUCCAGGGGGGUCCUGGAGGAGGACCAGGUGGAGGUGUCUCCUUCGCAGAAGCGGACGAAAUCUUCAAGGCCUUCUUUGGAGGAAACAAUCCCUUUGGGAUGUUUGGUGGCAUGGACGACGAUGAUAUGGGUAUGGGAGGCCUUGGAGGAAUGUUUGGAGGAAAAGGAAUGGGUGGACCUGGUGGACCUCGCGUGAUCUUCAGGAAUGGAGGUGGUAUGCCGGGCAUGGGCGGCAUGGGCGGCAUGGGCGGCAUGGGCGGCAUGGGUGGCAUGGGUGGCAUGGGCGGCUUCCCCUUUGGUGACUUCGGUGGAAUGGGCGGCAUGGGUGGCAUGGGCAUGGGAAAGGGAGCAGGCAAAAGUAGGCCAGCCCCACCUGCCUGGGCGAUACCUGUGGGCACCGCCGUUAAUGUCCACGGGUUGGAGAAAGCGGCCGAGCACAACCAGAAAUCUGGGAAGAUAGUGAGCUGGGACGAUAGCAAGGGCAGAUACGAGUUUGGGCAGAUGGCCCAGCCUACCGUGCUCGUAAGUGGAAGUGGAUGCAGGGGACACAACUCUCUCACUGAAGCCUCAGAACAUCACCCAGACCUGCUCUGUAAGGAUAGUGGGGAUAGAAUCCAAACCCGAGCUGAACGGGAAGUCUGGUCAACUCCUCAGCUUCGACAAAGGGCAGAACCGGUACACAGUCAGACUGAACGAAAAGCUGGAGGGUGGCAAGGACGUUUUGGGCCUUCAGCCAAGCAAUGUCAUCCUUCCGAAGGGCACGAGGGUAGUGGUGGCGAACCUUGGAAAAGAAGAGUUCAAUGGCCAGAUGGCUCAGAUCAACGAAGUGGAUGAAUCUGCGCAAAGAUACCAAGUGGCCUGCAAAAAUGGGAAGGUCAUAAAGAUCAAGUUUGAGAAUGUCAUUUGCUGACCAAGCUUCGCAACUCUUGGUGCGCUGCCUGAUUGCGGAGAGUGAGGAAUGCACGUGCAAUAGUGCAAUAGGGA